AUGUCCGGUGAUUUAGCUGGCCAGGGAAGCACAUCAACAUUGUUCUGUUGCCGUAUGAACGGAGCCUUUCUGAUCCCCUUCGUUAUUUUCCUGGUACUUUGUGGCCUACCUCUCUUCUUCCUGGAGGUGUGUCUGGGCCAGUUCUCGGGGAAGAGCGCUCUGCACAUCUGGGCAUUGUGUCCCCUUAUGAAAGGUCUUGGAAUUGGAAUGGUUCUUCUCUCUGGCCUAACAUGUGCCUAUUUCACCACGGUCCUGGCCUGGUCCAUCUAUUACCUGGUGAGGUCCUGCUCGCCCACCCUACCGUGGUCAACAUGCGGCAACCGGUGGAACACCGACCUGUGUGUAACCAGCAUGAGAGUUCUACAGAACCAUACUGUUUUCCCAUUUUCCAACACUACGUGUCCAGAUAACGAGGCCAAUGUCACCGAUGUAGACGUUGCGACGUUGUGUUCCUACAUUGAUAAUGCAGAUGCUGACGUCAAUGGUGCUACCCUCUGGUCGAAUACAACGCUCUCUCACACAGCAGCUGAAGAAUUUUGGCAAUACAACACCCUGGGUAUUUCCCGUGGCCUUGAGGAGGUCGGCCACAUCCAGUGGCAUCUGGCCCUGUGUCUUCUGGCGGCAUGGUCCAUCAUCUUCCUCUCUGUCAUCAAGGGAAUUCAUUCCGUCGGAAAGGUGGUGUAUGUGACGGCGACGAUACCCUACAUACUGCUGGUGACGCUACUGGUCCAGGGCCUCAUGCUUCCCGGGGGCAAAGAGGGAGUUCUCGUCUACCUCACGCCGGACUUUUCGCGGCUCACGGAUAUACAGGUGUGGCUGGAGGCGUGUUUACAGGUGUUCUAUUCCCUCGGUCCUGCUUGGGGCGGCCUCAUCACCAUGGCCAGCUACAACGACUUCCACAACAACUGCCUGAGAGACGCAAUAAUUGCGACAUUCGUAAGCGAAGGGACCAGCAUGUUUGGCGGUCUAGUGGUCUUCUCCAUCCUGGGGUUCAUGUCCAAGGAGACGGGGGUUCCGGUGUUAGAGGUUGUCUCAUCAGGACCCGGAUUAGGCUACGUCACCUACCCAGAAGUUCUCACUCAUCUUCCGGUCCCCCGGCUAUGGAGCUUCCUGUUCUUCGCCAUGCUUGUCUUUGUUGCCAUAGAUACAAUAUUCUCCAUGGUAGAGACGUGUAUCUCCGCUAUGGUGGACCACUACCCAACUUUCAUGAGGCAUCGCCUUGCUGUCACACUCGCUUAUUGCUGUCUGUCAUACCUCACCGGACUCAUCUUUACAACACAGGGAGGAAUGUACAUGUUUCAGUUGGUAGACUGGUACCUCUCCUUCAUCUUCCUGCUGAUGGCGGCAUUCCUUGAGUGCACAGUCAUUGCCUGGAUCUAUGGCAUACGAAAAUUUUGUGCUGACAUCGAGAUGAUGAUAGGACGGAAGCCGCCAUUGUUUUCCAGAUCACGUGGUGUUUCAUCACUCCCGCCCUACUGCUGGUGA